GCCCCCAGCGCCCACCUGGUCGGCCGGCCCAGCCAUGAUCAAGGCGAUCCUCAUUUUCAACAACCACGGGAAGCCGUGGCUCUCCAAGUUCUACCAGCCCUACAGUGAAGAUACACAACAGCAAAUCAUCAGGGAGACUUUCCAUUUGGUAUCUAAGAGAGAUGAAAAUGUUUGUAAUUUCCUGGAAGGAGGAUUAUUAAUUGGAGGAUCUGACAACAAACUGAUUUAUAGACAUUAUGCGACGCUGUGUUUUGUCUUCUGUGUGGAUUCUUCAGAAAGUGAACUUGGCAUUUUAGAUCUAAUUCAAGUAUUUGUGGAAACAUUAGACAAAUGUUUUGAAAAUGUCUGUGAACUGGAUUUAAUUUUCCAUGUAGACAAGAUUCACAAUAUUCUUACAGAAAUGGUGAUGGGGGGAAUGGUAUUGGAGACCAAUAUGAAUGAAAUUGUUACACAAAUUGAUGCACAAAAUAAACUGGAGAAAUCUGAGACUGGCUUAGCAGGAGCUCCAGUCCGUGCUGUAUCCGCUGUAAAGAAUAUGAAUCUUCCUGAGAUCCCGAGAAAUAUUAACAUUGGUGAUAUCAGUAUAAAAGUGCCAAACCUGCCCUCUUUUAAAUAAAAUAUUAAAAAGGCCACUCCCGGGUAAAAACCAGGGGGAUAAAUCAUCUAAGUUUACCAUACAGUUGUUUACCAAACAAUAGAGGAGGAAAGUCUUAACUUUUUGCUCUUGGAUUUAAGUCAAGGUACUGUAUAGAAGUUGUGUAAAAUCAGUAUGAAAGUUCAAUGUUGCUUUUCUUGCUCAGUGAUUUUAAAGAAAUUGUAUACUUCCAGUGUGAUUUUUUUGGUUGUUGUUUUCUAAGCUGCAUUCCUAUGCCCACCUAAGGCAUGCCUCUAUGUAUUGGCUAUCACAGUAUUUCAAAAGUGAGGUAUUUCUUUAAUUAUGUACAACCCAAAAUGUUGGUGUUUUGUAUGGAUCACAAGUGCAACAUUCCUUAAUUCUUUCUGCUCUUUGUCACAAUUGUUAAAGAACCAAGUAUGUAUUGCAUGAAAACAUGAUGACCUUUUCCUCUUAGUUUAAAUAAACUCCAAGGUAAC